CAGAAAAGUUGAGUUUUUGUCUUCAGUUGGUCAAAAUAAACAAGAAUCAUGCGAGUCUCGAGAGAUGCCUGCUUUCCCAAUGUAAAGACUCCAGAGGUGUACAGGGAAGUGCGCGAUGGACAGUGGGCUGCGGUCAAGAAGAUCCCCGGAGAUGAGGUGGGGCGUGAUGACAUGAACGCCCAUUAUGAAAUUUACAGAGAUGUAGUGGACCAUCCAAACGUGGAGAAGAUCGUGGCCAGACCAUUGAGGCAGUGGGAUCAGUGGUGGCACAUCCCAAUGGAAUGGAUCUCUGGAGAAAAGUUACACACAGUCAUGUUUCAUCCAAGAAGCACUCAGAUGACUCCACAUAUCAUGAGCAGGAUCAUAACAGGCAUGUGUGAAGGCCUUUUGUUUCUGCACAACAAUGACAUCACGCACCAAGACAUUAACCCCAAAAAUGUCAUGGUUGAAAAGUUAGAUGGCAAUGUCCAUGCCGUGCUCAUCAGUGUGUUCAACCACGACGGCCUUGAAGCUAUUAAAAAACAAACAAACAAGGCUUACGCUGCGCCCGAGACACAGAAUAAUCCCUUUGGAAGAGGAGAGAAAUAUUCCGAUGUAUGGGCAUUGGGAAAGGUCAUUUAUGAGCUACUGACUGGCUACGAGAAACCUGUAACAGAAACAGAUAGUGAAAACGUAUUAUAUGACCUGAAGGGGUAUGUAUAUAGGGAAGUUGUAGCUGCAAUGGUGGAAAGCAAUGUAAUGCACAGACCCACAAUGGAGAGUAUCAUUGAUUACAUAAGAGAGGCAGAGUAUAAGGUUCAGUCUACCCACUCUCUUUCGGGCCCUAGUGUCCCUUUAAGCAACCCUUUCAAUGCUCUACAGUCAUUUGAUCAUCACUUACAAAUGCAAAUGAAUGAAAGUAUCAGACAUGAUCUGCCUCCUGGCUUCAGACUGCCAGACCCACUACCAACCAACAGCACCUUGACAUUGAACUAUCACAGAUAUGACAGGAUAGGAAGGAGAAUAGAAUAUAAGGGAGAACUGAGGACCACUGUGGAUAGGAGGGUAAGGGACGUGUGGUGGACAGUGUGUAAACCCAAUGAUGUAGAGGAUGAGGACAGAUGGUGUUUGGAGUGAGG